UUUUGUUGCUACGUAUCUUCUGCCUGUGCACUAGCGCUCACUCGUGCAAACCACUGUUUCACGAAAUAUUGCAAAACAUUUUCACGCGUGUUCACAUCGUGGAGGGUAUCAAAAUUUCCACAUGGGUUGCGUGUUCACUCGCGAUAGGUACAAUUUUCCUGCCCAGAUAUAAUUUAAUGCAAUGAAUAAUUGGCUAUUAACAGUUAUGAAAGCCUCUUUUUAGUUUACUUCAUCUCUGAGGUCCCGAAAUGUAUAUGCCAAGUGUUUUGUUCUUACAGAUGACUGCGUCGAUAUACCAUUUUUAAAAUUGAAUGGUACAGCAACUGACGUGCAUGAUUACAAUAUUUUAUCAGUGCGGAAAACACAUCUUGAAGAUGUUUUGGAAAUGUUCAUUUCAAUGAUUUGUGUACCAUUAAUGGAUAUACCAUCAUGUUCUGAUUGUCAAUAUGUUAUCGAUCGAUUUCGUUCUACAGGUUUUAAAGAUGAAUUACUCGCCAAAAGUUUUCAUGAUGCUGCACUACAAAAAUCUAUUGCUACAUUUAAAUUAAAGGCUGAUUUAUUUGCAGUAGAAAAGAAUGAUCCUUUAUGUGUAUAUAUAGGCGCAGACGAAGAAAUAACUAUAAGAAAACGACAUGAUUUAUGUUUGGAACAAACAAAAAAAUUAUUCGAGGCUGCAUUUCAGUUAUCAUCUGAAGAAAAAUGA